UGUUCAUGAGACGAAGACGGAGAAAUCCACAUGGAUUCAUUCAUGAGUUGGGUAAAGCUGCGUUAGGACUCGGAGCUUCAAGGUGUGCUGUUAGUUCUUACUUUUGAGAGAAUGAUGAUUGGUGUGAGUUUGUGACUACGUUUUGUGAGAAAGGAUCGUGUAAUUGUUAUUUGGUGAUCUGUGGAUUUCUGGGAAUCUGACCUUUUUCUUUGGCCCUCUUUUCUUCUGUCUUGCAUCGUUGCAGUUGGGGUUUUAGGGUUUUAUACUCCCUUUCUGUCAAUGGUUUUGGUGCAGAAGCUAUUGCAACGAGCCUUCUCAUCAGAUGUCGAACGCCUUCUUCUAUAAUUGAGGAAUCAGGUAUCUAUAAAGAAUGGACAUUAUGGCAACAGAAUUGGGAUUCCAUAAAAGGUUUGAAGAGUUGAAAGUGGGUGUUUCCUUCUUCUGUUGUGAUCAUUCUGAUUCAGAAGUUGUUCACAAGACAGCACAAAUCCUUUUACCAGGAUUAGCUACAGCUUGCAUUGACAACACAACCGGUGAUCCUUUCAAGGGCCCAGCUUCUGUGGCUAUUGAAAUUAGGAAGGAAAUGGUUGACUAUCUGAUGCAUAGAAGUGAAACAUAUGUAGCAGCAACCAUGAUCCAAGAAGUAGUUCCAGAUGUGGAAAGUUCUGACCAUCCUAUUGAUAUUGUUUCAGAUUUCAUUGAUGAUUUUGCAAGUUCGAAAAGGAACAUGUUUAGUCAAAUUUCUGGAUGGCUACUGAGUGAAAAGAGGGAGGACAAGAUAGAUGAUUUUGUACAAGAAAUGGAGAUGAAUGCCUUUUGGUCAAUGGAUAGAAGGGAAGCGAUUGCUAAGAAUAUUUUGAAGAACCUUGAUUUUAAGAACACAUUCUGUUGUGAAAUGAAAUUUGACACUGCUGAAGAGCUAGCUGAGCAUAGCCACCAGUGCAUCUUUAGGUCUAUUGACUGUUCCAAUGAGGGAUGCCGCGCUAGAUUUUCUGCAGUUCACAUGGAAAAGCAUGAUUCUUUUUGUCCCUUCAAAGUCCUUCCAUGUGAACAAAAGUGCUCAGAGAACAUACUGAGAUGCGAGAUGGAUAGACACUGCAUAACUGUUUGUCCAAUGAAGCUUGCGAACUGUCCUUUCCACCAUCUGGGCUGUCAAUCAAUUAUUCCUCAUUGUGCCAUUGAGGAACACUGUACAGUGAGUCUUCAUUCUCACUUGCUAUAUGUUCUCCGAGUAAUUCACAAGCAAGCAUCUGCUGAGGAUCUGAACCAUUGGGUGGAGGUGCUGGAAAAGAGUUUAUCUCCCAGUCAAGCUCAAGAUGCGAGAUCUUUAACCUUUGCAGUGAGGGAUCUUGAAGCACAUAUGGGUCCAUUAGAACAUAACCCCAGGAGUGUUAGUGACAAUUGAUGGAAGGCUGCAAAUGCACUGAUCAGGGAAGAACUGAGAGGAUAUAGACAGCCAACAAUGGACUUAUGAAGAACACAUCAACACUGUAUCAGUUUGUGAACUACCUACAUUUUUUCCUGGCUAAAUUUUGAGCUACCUUUCCAAAGAUUGAUAUAUGUGCAAAUCUGAUUGCACUUUGUUUGUAUUGGCAUUAUUCCAUCGUUGGCAACUGUUCUCUUACCAGUUGUCACGGAAAACAUGCCCUCCCAUUAGUUCAUAUUUGAUUUAUUUCCUGACAAA